AUGGACCAGCGGUUUCAGUUGACAGAGCUUAUUGGAAAAGGGUCUUUCGGAGAUGUGUUCAAGGGGAUUGACAAGGAGACGGGCAAGCAGGUGGCUGUGAAGAUCAUUGACCUUGAAGAAGCUGAGGAUGACGUGGAGGAUAUUCAAAAGGAGAUAGCACUGCUGGCAGAGUGCAGAGCGCCCAACAUCACCAGGUACUACGGCAGCAGUGUGCACAACACCAAGCUAUGGAUCGUCAUGGAGUUCAUGGCAGGCGGCAGUGUUGCCGAUCUGCUGCAAGAGGCUCCUUUGGACGAGGCGUCCAUCGCAUACAUUCUACACGACCUGCUGCAGGCUCUGGAGUAUCUGCACUCGGAGAAGAAGAUCCACCGCGACAUCAAAGCGGCCAACAUUCUGUUGAACGAGGAUGGAGAUGUGAAAGUGGCUGAUUUCGGAGUGUCCGCCAAACUCACCAAAACCAUCUCCAAGCGAAAGACGUUCGUGGGAACGCCCUUCUGGAUGGCGCCUGAGGUCAUUCAGAACACCGACGGGUACGACGAGAAGGCGGACAUCUGGUCGUUGGGCAUAACAGCCAUCGAGAUGGCCAAGGGGGAGCCGCCCUUUGCAGAUCUGCACCCCAUGCGCGCGCUCUUCCUCAUCCCCAAGGACCCUCCACCGCAGUUGGACGAUCAUUUCUCGAAGCCUUUCAAGGAGUUUGUCAACCUCUGCCUUAACAAGACUGCCAGAGAGCGCCCCAGCGCCAAGGAGUUACUGAAGCACCGGUUUGUGAAGUACGCACGCAAGACACCCAGGAUCAUCGACCGCGUGAGGGAGAGGGUGGAGAGUGCGGGGGAUCGCAUUGUAUCGCCGCGCAUGAAGCCAGACGACCCGGAGGACGGCCCUCCCCAAUCCGCUGCCGCUGCUGCUGCGGCCGCUGUUGCUGCCGCCACUGCUGCUAGCAGUGCUCCCAGGCACUCGCGCAUGGCAAGUUGGGAUUUCGGCACAGCUACAGGCACCAUGAAACCCACUGAGACGCUCAGGCGCCAGAUCCGCGCCGCUGUUGCUGACCCCUAUGAAGGGGGGGGAGCUGAUGGCCUGGGGCGGGAUGAUGGGGGAGGGGGAGGUGGAGGCGGAGGCGGAGGGGGGGGGGGAGGGGAUGGGUAUGAUGGGGGGAAGAGGAGUGGGACGGUGCGGCGCAAGCCGCGUGAUUCUGGUAGUGGGACUGUAAAGAAGGGCGCGAAUACAGGCACGGUUAAGGCCAGCAAGGGGAAGGGGGGGUCUUCUGGUGGAUCGGGGGGAGGAGCAGGGGGAGGAGGGGGGGGAGGAGGAGGGGGAGGAGGCGGAGGGGGAGGAGGAGGGGAGGAGGGAGUGGCGAAUGGGGAGAAAGGGGGGUUGUAUGGGAGCGGGUGGGGGAGUGAGAGUGAGGGCUCGGGCACCGAAGAAGACGGGUGGCGGGCAGCAGCAGAUGCAUCUGGUUUCCCUUUUCCACCCUCUCUUCUGAUCCAAGAUUCCCUCCUGCUCUCUUCGUCACAACAGGUGGCAGCGGAUCAGCAGGAGCAGGCAGCGGUGCGGGCAGCAGCAGAUGCAGCAGACGCGCUGGUGGAGAUGGAACGAUGCGCUCCGGGUUCCUGCCAGCUGCUGCUCGCCAGCCUGCUCGGCAAGCUCGGCAGUGCAUCAGAGGAGGUCCCUCCUCUCCGAGACCUGAAGGCCAAUGCGCGCAGGCAGUUUGGGGGAGCAGGGGGCGAGGGAGGGGCGGAUGGGCGAGCAGACAGGCGGCAUGGGAAGGGGGGAGACGAUGAUGUCAACAACCUCAGUCCCCUUGGAAGUUUCCUCCUCCGCAGAUGGAAGGGAAACUCGCUGCUGGAGUCAGGAUGA